ACUACGGUAUAAAAGUCGGGAGGUGGCCCGGACCUCGGCAGACUGCAACCGCGCGCACCCAGGAGCCUCAUCCCGACUCCACGAGGAGCCUCGAACACCAGAGACUUACCCGCGCGGACGGAAUACCUGUAGGGAACUCCUGCGAACACUCGGAGCCGCACUUUUCAUUUGGGAAGCGGAUUGCCCACGAACAGUUCACCCAAGAUGCUGGUGCUUACUUUUGUCGCUGCCUUUUUUGGAAGCCUGAACCUGGUCCUCUCCUCCUCCUCCUCCUCCUCCUCCUGCGCCUCCGUGUGCGAGUGUCCGCUGGAGAUGCCCAAGUGCGCGCCGGGCGUCAGCGUCGUCCUGGACGGCUGCGGCUGCUGCAAGGUCUGCGCCAGCCAGCUGAACGAGGACUGCAGCCUGACGGAGCCCUGCGACCACACCAAGGGGCUGGAGUGCAACUUCGGGGCCAGCUUCGCUGCCGCCACCACCCGUGGCAUCUGCCGAGCCAAGUCAGAGGGCAGACCGUGCGAGUACAAUAGCAGGAUCUACCAGAACGGAGAGAGUUUCCAGCCCAACUGUAAACACCAGUGCACAUGCAUCGACGGCGCGGUGGGAUGUGUCCCGCUGUGCCCCCAGGAGCUCUCCCUGCCCAACCUGGGCUGCGCCAACCCCAGACUGGUCAAGGUCGCAGGCCAGUGCUGCGAGGCGUGGGUGUGCGACGACGGCAAGGAGACAGACAUCCUGGAGAAGAUCUUUGGAAAAGACACGAUGACGGAUGAGCUGGAAAGAGUCCUCACCAACAAGAAUGAGCUCAUCGAAAAUGUCAAGGGACAACUCAAGUCUCUACCUGCCUUCGGAUCUCAGCCCGAAGUCCACAUGUUUGACAGCCAGAGGUGCAUCUACCAAACCACACCCUGGUCCCAGUGCUCCAAGAGCUGUGGAACCGGCAUCUCCACCAGAGUCACCAACAACAACGGCGAGUGCAAGCUGGUCAAAGAGACGAGGAUCUGUGAAGUGCGGCCAUGCACCCAGUCAGCUUACUCCAGUCUGAAGAAAGGAAAGAAGUGCAGCAGAACCAAGAAGUCCAGUCAGCCGGUGAAGUUCACCUACGCCGGCUGCUCCAGCCUGAAGAAGUACAGGUCCAAGUACUGCGGCGCCUGCGUGGACGGGCGCUGCUGCAGCCCCCACAAGAGCAGAACCAUCCGGGUCAAGUUCCGCUGCGAGGACGGCGAGACCUUCAACAAGAACGUCAUGGUGAUCGAGUCCUGCAAGUGCACCUACAACUGUCCCCAUGCCAACGAGGCCUCCUACCCAUUCUACCGCCUCUCCAACGACAUCCACAAGUUCAGAGACUGAUUCGGCGACGAACGCGCUCGAACUCCUCAACGCGAGAAAGAGAUGAUCAGCAUCGCUGGCGGCCGGUGGCGGUCCGGACGAAUGCACGGGGUGUAAAUAGACCACCGAUCAACUACCAGCUUCUUGUUGUAACUAGAUUCCCAAGGAAUUGUGGGCUUACAUCAUGAGGACUUUAUGAAGUGCACUGUUUGCUGUGACUACAUCAGCAUUCUUAAUAAGAACUGCUUCGUAUUAAUGGAGCAUCCGAAGUAGCUUCGUUAUGGAGCAACCUGUAAUUAAUAUUUGUACAUUUGAGUUAGUCGCUGAUAUCAAUUCACUGUGUAUAUGUUUGAUCCUUUACGUUGGACUUGACCCAGACUGUAGACUUGCGUGGGCAUAUGUAGAUAUGCGCACGCGCAACUUCAAUUAGCAUACCAUCCUGUAUCUUAAGAACAAGACACCGAAAUGCAAACCCCUCGACUUGUUUGACGAGCGCGCGGUUUCAUUCCUUCCUGACGUGGGCAUUAUUGUUCAUGUUUCGUGGCAGCUAUUGAACUCCCUUCAUGAAAAAAAUGACAAAGCGAAAAACAUGUUAAAAAGGAUGAAUGAAUGUUUUUAUUAUUGUUAUUAAUAUUAUUUAUCAGAAAAAAUGUAGCUACUUUAUUUGGAUAUUAUGUGUCAUACUGGAAUAAAAUUGUAAAAUGAUUUAAUUUUAUAUGCUACAAAAUAAAACUGAUUUAUUUAUGAAAUAUAA